AUGAGUAACCUUACCGCGUCACGAUCGGAGUCUAGCUUUGUGAACGCUGCAAGAAAAAUCUCGAGUACAGCAAUCAGUAAAUCAUCAGCGAUCAAGAAAGAUACGAAUCGAACUACUAACACUAGCAACAAAAAAGUAUCGGCUAUACAGCCAAGGGAAAACAGCGAGGAAAGUAGUGAUAAAGACGAGGCAAAGGAUUUUUUGAAAUCCGAUCUUGCGGCGAAGCUAAGGGUCUACGAUCCCACUUGCAAACCGCCCAAAAAAACCCAGAAGUUUUCAUCGACUCCAAACAAUAUGACCAGUUUGCUCGCUUCAAGUGAGAUCCAGACUAUUUCUGGCUUCGAUCGUUCUGCAUAUGCAUCUGGUAAAACCGUUUUGGUAUUGGAAAAUGGAGAUAUGAAGCAUAUUAAUCUUGCUGAAGAGCAACCAAAAAUGGUAUCAAUGAAUUUGGUUGGAAGAGUCACCUCAUUCUCAGUUUCCAAUGAUUUUACGAUUUUCGCCGUCGCUAUUGAAGAGGAGAAUGUAGCUAAAGUUAUGGUAUACUCUUUAGAAUUAGACAUAGGAGAAGAGAAAGCAGUCUAUGGAACUCAAUAUUUAUCCCAGGAGAUGUGCAUUUCUCAAGCAGCCGAGAUAAUCGCGUGUUUAUCAGUGUUGGAAGAACGAGUUCAUUUGCAAACUUUCGAUGUUAAAGACGGUAUCAAUAACUGCAGCGGUAACAUAAUUGCAGAAAAAGUGCCCAUGAACUGGCAGAUCACUUUCUGCCCAGCCGACGAAGGUGUACUGUGUGCUCUUGGCGGGGGAACAGCGUACUUGCUCAGAGCUAGUGGUGGCCAUAUAGAGAAUUUCUCCACUAUUCUGUUACCCGGUGUCCUUUGUCAUGACUGGGCAAAUGAUGUUAAUAUUAUGUUCGGAAAUAAGACUGGAUUAUUGCACAUUUACCGGGAAACCAUUCCCUUGGAUGUGGUGGAUAUCAGAAAGUUGUCUGAAGAUAUCUUGACCGAUUCGGUUAACGUCGAGAUUAUAUCCAUCCGCAGUACAUCACGCCGUCUUGCUUGUCAAACAGGUUCCGGAAUCAUCUUGUUAUUUGAUUCGAAUGCUGAAAGUGGGCCGGACUGGGGCUCAUGCAGAGCAUUCAUUAUAUCGGACUUUCGACUCAAAAGUUAUCACUCGCUAUCCUUCGACUUCGCCGACGAAAAUUUGUUGUAUGAUAGCGGCAACGCCCUGCAAACGAUCUCGAUACAAUUUCUGUCAAAGUUGAAUUCCUUCAAUGGUGACGUAGUAUCCGUGAGACACUGCAGUCGAAUAAUUGGAGCCCGAGCAACAGAAUCCACAAUUAUUACAUUAGACGAUACAGGGUUGUUUGCUGUGUUUUCAAAGUUUACGAACCGUGUACUUUGCUCCAGCCGCGUUCCAGAUGCAUUCUUCUUCACGGUCCUCGCCACCUCCCACAAACUAUUAGUGGUUACUAAAACACAUGUUGAAAGUUAUACUGUCAUGUUAGACGGUCUCAAGGCAGCUGAGUCGAUUUUUGAGAAGGAAUUGAUAAUGGACACGAAACAAAUGCUAUUUUCGAGAGAUAACAAGUUUCUCAUGUUUCUGACAAAGAGUGAUAACGUGUUCUGUGUGGAUUUGUCUAGUCGGAAAAUCCUAUGGAGUACUGAUUACAAACUACACUUUUUCCAAUCAAUGGGAUAUUCGAAUGCAACACUUUUGCUAUUAAAUCAAAAGUUUAUUGUAUCAAGAAUCAAACAUGGAAAGGAUCUUUCCAAUGUCAAUAUGCACGCUUCAGAUAUUGGGUUUUCCAUCACUUCCGAGUUGAUUGAAGGCAAUAACAACUUUGUUUUCAUCACUGCAGACUGUGGGGAACUAUUGUGUUCGGCUGCUUCUGCGUUAGAUGAACCGUAUGUGGUGAAAAGUAAAAUUAAGAGAAUAAGAAUAACUACAAUAAGAGCGUUUGAUGAUGAACUGUUAGUUGGAUAUGAGAAUGGGAGUGUUGGAAUAUUAAAACUAACGCAACAGGUUCCUGAGGAUGUCAAUGAUAUUAUUUUAUGCAAUUUCAAUGGAGUUAUCAACUUGAAGUCAUUAUUGAGAGAUAUCAAUGCAGAGAGGAACCUUAUCAAAGAAACAACAGAAAAGUUUCUGGAUCUUUUCACUACUCGAACAAACAACGAACUACAACAGAUUAAAACGGAAUUCGAUGAAACCAUGAGAAACUACAAAGAACGUGUUAAGACGUUUGAAAAAGACUUCAAUGAAUCGGAGACGAUCAAGCAGAAAACGAUAGCAAACUUGAAGGGGUUGUACGAGGACGAGAGUACUCAUCAGAAGAGAAAAUACGAGACGAUGAUUGAAGAUCAAAUCAGGAAGUCUUUUCGACAGUUGGAGGAGAAACAGAAUGAAAUAAAAGCUAUUAAAGAAGAUGCAGAGCGCAAGCAUCGAGAAAUGAUUGGCUCAUUUCACAUAACCGAAAAACAAUUGAACAUCCAAGCUGAGAAUCAUCUGAAAAAAACAAUUAAAGACUUAAAACUUCAAAUCAUCAAGAAGCACGACGAUCUGUCGGCUUUAAGAGAAGAAAAAGAGCAAAACACACUGAAGCUAAAAGAGAACCAUAGAGAAGAUGCAGAACUUCUAGAAGCAGAAAUUUGGGCUCUCAAAGCUACGUGCGUCCAACUCAACGAGCAACGUGAUCAUAUUGGUGAUGAGAAUAUUAAGAUCAAUUCAAUGCUAAGAAUUGCAAAACAACAAAUUGAGCACAUGAGAGACGAGAAUAAGCGGCAAGAAGUGGAGGUUCAAAAUCUCCGAGAAAUCAUACAGAAACUUCACAACAAGGAAAAUGAAAUAACAAGAGCGUAUACCAAAGUUAAGAAGAACUUCAGUAUUCAGACAAAACAAUAUGAUGAAUUGGUUCAGCAGAAUCAUCGAUGGAAGCGACGCAUGCAAGAUUUGGAAGCUCGAAUUGAGCAGCUAGCGGGAUGUGUCUAUGAUCCAAGAAGACUGGAACACUCAGUUCUCAGUUUACUUGCGAAAUCUCAAAAUGUGGAUUUAGACAAAAGAUACAAGGCGCCAAUUUGA